AUGGAAAAUUUAAAAUAUUCUCAUAAUGUUAGUAUAGAUUUAUUGGAACCAUUAAUAACAAUCAGUGUAGUAUUUAUUUGUUUAUAUAUGAUAAUAAGUACAAGCAAUCCAAUAUAUUAUAUUAUAAAAAAUUUUAUUCAUAAAACCAGAAUUUUUUUAUAUGAAAUAAAAGAUUUAUUUACACACAUAAAUUAUUAUGCCUUAAUAUUUUCAUCUUUUUUUAUUAUUUCAUAUUAUGUUUUACACACAUUAAAUUAUAAUAAUAUAAAACCCCUAUUUUCUGUUAAUUAUAACUAUUAUGAAAAGAUAUUAAAUUUUGACUUACAUGAUAUUAAUUUUAUACAUAUUUUCAAAAAUAGUAUUAGCGAUAAUUUUUUAGUUAAUUUUUUAUAUUUCUGCAAAUUUUUUUUUCAUAUUUUUUUUAUAAAUGACCCUCACUUUUCAAAAACAUUGUUUACCUUUUUUUUUAUUUACAUCGUUUUAUGUCUAUAUGCGAAACGUGUUAGUUCGACAAUAUUCAUUAUUAGCAUAUUAUUGAAAGUAAUACUAUCAGGAUUUGUAUUAGUUUAUUUUUUCGAAAAGGUUUUAAAAAUUAAAUAUAACCAUUGUGGUGAAGAUUUAUUCUCUUUUUUAUUUUUACCUUUUUUCUAUAUAACUAACCCAUAUUUAAGUGCAUAUCAAUACAACGAUAUAAGCUUGCAUCCUUAUCAUGGAACUGGGUUAAGGUUUUAUAUUCAUAUUUUAUAUUUUUUUAAAUAUAUAAUAUAUAAUGAAAAAUAUUAUGAAUUAAAAGUACUAAUUACAAUAGCAAUAUAUUUAAUUAUAUUUGCAAAACAAGUAAUAGAUAAAUUCAAGCUCAAAAUUUUUAUGAAAGCGAUAUGGCUAAUAGCAUAUUAUUUCACCACUAAUUAUGCCCCAUUUUCUUUUUCACAAAAUUUUAAAAUAACACAAAUACUUGACGAAAAUAUCAUCGAUCUGUUACGAGAUGAAUUUAAGAAAAACCCUUCCCUACAUGAGUUUAAUACCCUUUCAGGAAUACCAUUUAAUUACUUAAUAAGUAAAAUUUCAUUUUUUUGGAUACCAUAUAUUCUACUAAAUAGGAAUAUCAGGGGAUUGAAAUAUAUAAUAAUGCUACUAAUAGUUAUCAACUUUAUAUCUGCUUGUACAUAUAUGUCAACAAACUUUUUACCAGGAUUCCCACUCAAUAUUCUACUUUUAUAUUUUUUAAAUAAAUUAUAA